AUAUCAGACAGAUUGCAGCCACCGUCUUUGACUCAUCAUAAACUUUUAAAAUUCACUUUCACCAACUUCUGAUGCUAAAGUCAGUACCAUGGUAAACAAAGUUAAACAUGUGCUCCUACCAAUUCACAAUUUAAUACGCUGCGCCUUACACUGGCGCCUUACACUUACUUAGCACUGGAUCAGUAUUUAAAUCAUGUUUUCACGAUGAAAGCGCUUUUAUCAAAAACAUACUGGUUGGCAUACGGCUUAUACAUGGAACUUACUACAUCAAAAUGAACUCCAGUAUAAUUGUUCCCAAAGCUUGUAACUGCACAUCCGAGCUGGACAUCACGUCAUCACGACUAGCACUGGCUUGCGCUAUAUACGCCGUCGCUUUGAUCACCAUUCUGUCAAACAUCGUAUUUAUUUUAUCGGUGAUUCCCUACAAGAAACUUCGAACCCCCGCGAAUAUUCUGCUGGUAUCCAACUGCGUCGCUGACUGCCUUGUGGGCAUCUAUGUCCUGCCAGUGGCCGUGACCUUAUGGCUGAUGCACGAAUGUUGGCCACUGGAGCAUUGGCUAUGCCUGUGGUACUACGCUUCCAAAGAGCACUGUAUCGCCGUCAGUGUCAUUCACAUGAUGAUCAUCUCCAUUGAACGUUAUAUGCGAUUAUUUCACAGCGAGAACCGAUUUUAUGAGGACUAAUGACACAUGCAGUGCCUACAAUCGCCAACAAUGCAACUGUGUGCAGUGCUUUGCGCCGGCGUCGUUUGUAAUGGAAUCGUUAUUACAGUACUUUGUUCCCAUGAUAAUUAUGUUAAUCUG